AAACCCACCACUUUCAUAUGCGGACACUGUUCGUCGAAGGCAACACUUGAGUCGUCGUUGAAGUCUGUGCGCGUGCAUAGUGCGUCGUCGUGUUAUCUGUCGGUAAUCGACCGGAGAGCGAUAUCGUUAAGCGCCAGCAUUGUUUCGCGGCUGCAUUUAUGCGUCCGUUUACGUUGCCCUAUGAAAGAGCUGAACUCUGGUGAUUCGUUGGAACAGGACAGGAAGCGGCUCCUGUCAAAGUGCGAUAACGAGCCGUCUGCCGGAACCACGGAAAAACUUAUUUUCAUCGCAAGAGCCAUUUCGCACUGAACCGUCCGUGCCCCGAAUGGCGCACGGUUUCUCACGCUGACGUGUUAACACCUUGAAUGGCUGAAAUUCCGGAGAAACAGAUCUGUCGCACCAAUUCGGUAACAGCUUCGCCGGUGAGCACUUUACUCUUCGGGACCAGCGACCUCUUUGGCCUUUGAUCCCGAGCUGCUGUCCCGUGAGGAGGUGCUUGGCACGCUGUAGGCGCAACGAGAACGAAUGCGGGGAAUAAGGACGAAGAGAGUGGCAGUGGCGGCUUCCAGGAGAAAGGUUGUACCAUACCGUUCUUCGUCUUCGGGGGCUUUGUCUCGCCCCGCCGGGAGCGGCCCAAAUUUAGUUCGCGAAAAGCUGCCGCGUGCACCGGCCUUCUAUCCUCUUUCGCGCUGCUGAGUGCAGUGUGCACUCCCUCGAGCCUAUCGUUCUAGAGAGCAAGCGGGGAAGUGCCGAUAUCUCCCGAGAAUCAUCGCAUCGUGCGAGCGGGAUCGAAGUGCGCGCUGGCGUGCGUGUGUGUGUAUAUAUAUAAAUAUCGCGAUCUGUUUACGGCGUGCGUCGCUCUCGUGCUGCUUGCUGCUGGCAGUGGCGCAGACACAAGAGGAAGAAGAGACUUUCGAAAGUGCUAACCGAACGACGACGACGGAGCGGGACGCUUUCUCGAAAAGGAACGGGGGUGGAGGCACGCGUUUGGACGCGAGUUUGCCAAUGAGCCGAGAAAAAGAAAGCGGAAGAUGAGAUAAGAGGCGUAUAGCGCAGGAUAGACACGAAACGAUGGGAGAGUUAAAGACAGAAAGCGCGGAAAACACGCGCGCUGAGGAGGAGGAGCUACGGACGGUGAGGUGAGGAGGAGACGAGGGGAAGAGUGAAAGCGGAGGUGGCCCCAGAUUGCGCGGAUACGGGAGCGCCGGGCGGACUAGAACUUGUCUCACAGAAGUGCCGGCGUGCGAACGUCGCCGCAGUGAGUAGCGGCUCCUCGUUGUGUGUGUUAUCCUCGCUGUUCUUUCCUCCCCCUCGACCUCGUGCAGAUGUCUCUGCGCUGACCUCCGGCCUUCAAAAGUCGCUGAUUGUUCUGCCGUCCGCAGUAGAGUUUCGGUCGCCACGUUUGGGUGUGCCUCGCUCUAUCUUUUCUGUUCAGCGUGGCCUGCUCGAUAAUCGAACCCUCCUCGUGCCGUGAGCUUCUUCCGUGGAUCGGAAUAUCAGCAGCUGAAAACACUCCCGUCGUGUCGUGCCGACGGCGUCGUCUGCUAUCAUGAGAUUUCGUCGACGCCUUGCCCGUGUGGAUUGUGUGAAUGCGAUAGUGAGCCGCGUGUACUAGAAGGUAUACAAAGGAGGAGGAAAUAACUUUACCAGAAAAAUUGUUUUAUCCGGCCGUCACAUCGCGACGACGUCGUGUGCUGUGAUGAGACUUCGUCUUCGCCGUGAAAAUAGUGUGUAAAACGAGUGGGACAUCGUGUUUUUUUUUUCUUUUUUUUCGUUAUAAGAGUUCUUGAGUGCGCGAACGACUGUAAGGGGCCACCAUGACGUCUUCCGAGUCGGCGGUUGUGCCUCCGCAGUCGCAGAACCAAAUUACAAACCACCAAGCAACAAUGUCGGAACAGCAGCAGACCAGCCACCAAAGCACCGAUCGGCCACACACGGCGGCACCUGCCAAGACUUACCGAAACCGCGUGGCAGUCACAAGGUCGAUCAGUCUGUUGAAUUACACGAGCAGUGGACACAGGAUUGACUAUCGGCGGCACCGACCCAUCUCGCAGCUAGCUUUCGACCUGGAAGAUGGGCCGGGCGGUUCCGGUGGCGGCCGAGCGCUGCUCGAGGCCUCGAGCCCUUCAGGCGCCGGCCUGGUGCUCAGCAACUUCCCUCCUCAGCGGAGGGAGUCCUUCCUCUACCGCUCAGACUCGGAGUUCGAGAUGUCGCCAAAGUCUGUCUCGCGACACUCGUCCAUCGGCAGCGAAGCGACAAGCGCCGUGGCACCGCAGACCAGCGCGGUCGCUAGCACCCUUCAAAGGCAUGGCGAAGAUCAGAUCGUGACCCCGUUUGCUCAAAUAUUGGCCUCACUACGUAGCGUGCUGAACAACAUCAAACAUCUCACCAAGGACGUUCCACCCACAAUGAAGGUACCGUCCGGUUCACCAGGCACCAACACAAGCGGAUCUUCUCUAACAGAGGAAGAGUACAGCCAGAUGGCGUCGUCCACAGUGAAAGAGCUGGAGUGGUGCCUCGAGCAGCUGGAGACGAUACAGUCCCACCGAUCUGUAGGAGACAUGGCGUCGAGCAAAUUCAAGCGCAUGCUCAACAAGGAGCUGAGUCACUUUUCGGAGUCCAAGUCUGGGAGCCAGAUAUCGGAGUACAUCUGCAACACUUUCUUGGACAAGGUCCAGGACCUGGACCUGCAGGUUUUGCGACCUGAAGAGUGCGGUGGCACGGGCGGUGUGACCGCGCCGGGCGUGGCGAGCGCGCCAGGAUCGACUCCCGGGGUCCCAGGCAGCGGCGGCAAGACGCGCCAGCACCGGCCGUCCGACGCCAUGUCCCAGAUUUCGGGCAUCCGGCGCUCCCUGCACCACACCAACAGCCUGACCACCCUGCCCAAGUACGGCGUCGAGACGCCCCGCGAGCAGGAACUCGGACUCGUCCUCCAGGAUCUCGACCGUUGGGGCUGCAACAUAUUCAAGGUGGCCGAGUACUCGGGAGGCAAACCGCUCACCGCCGUCACCUACACCAUUUUCAAGGAGCGGGACCUGCUCAAGACGUUCGACAUUUCGUCCAAAAAAUUCCUGACCUUCCUUAUGACGCUGGAAGACCACUACCUGAAGGUUCCGUACCACAACAGCAGUCAUGCGGCUGACGUCACGCAGUCCAUCCACGUGCUGCUUCUCUCGCCCGCGCUUGACACCGUGUUCACCGACCUCGAGACUCUUGCGGCGCUCUUCGCCGGAGCCAUCCACGAUGUCGACCACCCAGGCGUCACCAACCAGUACCUCAUCAACACUAGUUCUGAGCUUGCCAUCAUGUACAACGACGAGUCAGUGCUGGAGAACCACUCUCUCGCCGUCUCGUUCAAGCUUCUGCAGGACGAGACGUGCAACAUCUUCGAGAACCUCACGAAAAAGCAGCGACUCACGCUGCGCAAGAUGGUCAUCGACAUGGUCCUGGCCACGGACAUGUCCAAGCACAUGAGCCUGCUCGCCGAUCUCAAGACCAUGGUUGAGACCAAGAAAGUCGCCGGUUCCGGGGUUUUACUUCUCGACAACUACACCGAAAGGAUACAGGUGUUGCAAAACAUGAUUCACUGCGCCGACCUGAGCAACCCGACUAAGCCGCUAGAGCUGUACAGGACGUGGGUGGAUUUGGUCAUGUCCGAGUUCUUCAUGCAAGGUGACAAGGAGCGUGCCGAGAACCUCGACAUAAGUCCCAUGUGCGAUCGCCAUACGGCUACCAUUGAGAAGACACAGGUGGGCUUCAUCGACUACAUCGCGCACCCGCUCUGGGAGACGUGGGCUGACCUGGUGCACCCGGACGCCCAGGAGAUCCUGGACAGGCUGGAGGAGAACCGCGACUGGUACCAGAACAUGAUCCCCAUCAGUCCGACCUCAAGCGUACCCGACAUCGCACCCGCCGAUGGAAGCGGCGGCGACGAAGAAGGCGACGGCGACGCCAAGUCAGCGGACAAAAUCAAGUUCCAGAUCACCAUUGAGGAGCCCGAGGACGACGACAACUGCAUCCGCGAGGAGAGUCCCACGUCGUCGGACGGCUAGCAGCCGGCGACUCCUCCAUGCGCCCGCACGACGGCGUGCUCCACUUCUGGACUUGUACUGGAACGCCCCCCGCCGCCACAGCCGACGUCUCCGUCGCCGACGACGGCGACGAAGCCGACGGUUACGACGAAGAACGCGUCGGCGGCAGGGCGAGCCGCAGCGGGCUUGAUAGGCCGGUUCCGGGCCUGCUGCGUCGCCACCCUUAACUUAUUCAGUCGCUGGUGCGGCGGCGCCCGAAGGCGCGGGACUUCGACCGAGGGCGUCGCUCCGGACUGCGACCUCGCCACCUCAUCUCUGCUGCUUAACUGCGGCCCUGACUCUUAAAAGGGAAGCCCUUUCUUGCCAUCCCCCUCUCCCAUUAUACAGAGGAGUCGUCGUCGUAUGCGUGUACGCGACCACUUCGACAGCGGCGUGUGUGUGUGUGUGUGAUGCAUGGAAAAACAGAGCCCUGUUGGUGCCGUCACUUCUGGGACCGCGCCGCGACGUGUGUGUCUUGCGUGCACCGUUUCGGACGCUACAGCCGUCGCUCUGCUCCAUCAACGCCGCGGUCUCUCGCCCGCUCGUAUUUCGCUGUUCCGUGCACCUCUCUGCCUCGGAGGAGCCGAUGCAAGCACGAACGCUGGAUCUCAGUGGACAAUGUGAGCCAAGUAGAACGCGGUAUUGGACCUUAGGGCGUGCGCUCCGUAUACAAGCCAAGUGUGCCGCCGUUGCCGUCCGAACAUGCUUUAUUUCUCGCUCUAUCUCACUAUGGCGCCGGAUCUGAAGCCCUCGCCUUGUCAAACAGCGCCUCGAUUUCUAAACUCUCUUUAUGCUCACUUCUGUUUUCUCCUUUUCUCUUUUCGCACACACGAAUUACUUUGCGUGUGAGCGCCCCGUCGCGAGCGUGCAAAAAAGCAGUGCAUCUAGUCAACAAACAGCGACAGCAGCGCCCUCUGGACUUGGCAUCGCACACGUUGUCUACGCCGCGCCCACUGUGAACGUGACACCUUACUUUUUUGUGUGUGUAUUGAAACAACCCCACCAACAGUAUGACGGCCACGCAAGAAGAAGACAUACACUUCUCUUGUCUCUCGACUAGCCGAGUUUUUACUGGCUACACACGAUGCCGAACUCUCGGCAGUAGAUCGUGCUACAGUGUCCAUUUCACGCGCAGCCGUGACGGCGAGCUCGGUGACGAAUUCAUUGUGGGACUUUGUCACACAAACGCACACAUAAGGAUGCGUGCACACAGGAGCUCCGAAACUCAGACUCGGGACGUUGUGUCUUCAUCCCUAAUUCUCUCACCCAACAUUGGGGGAGGCGAGGCUGGAAGUCGGGUCGUUCAGCGGUUACAUAUACUUAAUACUCGCGGUUGCUCUUAGAAAACCAGGGCAGCUGGAAAAGACAAAACACAUACGCGGACUCCGCUCUGUGUCGCGGAGGGCAAGAGGUGACGCGCGUGUGUUUGUGUCCUUGUUACAUCACCGCCAUUGCUGCUACUGUAUUUAACCUCGACAAGUACGAGCAAUACAUUGUACUACGUGCGCAGAGCGGCAAGUCAUACGGAAGGCUUCUGACUUCUCGUUGUUGAAAGUUAUACGGACACACACACUCACACACACAAAAAAGGACACGGGGUUGUUGAAUUGUUGCAUUUUUCGGAGAUAUUGCGAGGCAGAGAUAGUGCUUAAAGGAGUAAGGGAGGACGACGGCUUGAUAGAACGGAAAAAAGAAAAACGAUGGUAGUGACGUAUUUUAUUCUUCCCCACCAACCAAACUCGCCCUACCCACACUCGUGGAACACUCGUUGUGUGAAGUUUUCACUCUAUAGAUACACGCAAUCUCCUCUUUGCUUGUUGUGUGCGGAGAGCGUGUGGAUAAGCCUUGUGCGAAAGAUAUAGAAAAGGAAACGCGUUGCAGGUCACAUAUAUAUAUAUAUAUAUAUA